UCAUCAUUCAAUUUGUAACGUUCGGUGUCGGAGAACCGCGCACCGCAAAAAAAGAUAAUCCGAAUGGCUAGUGGCGAACUUUAAGAACGUUUCAUGUUUCGCGCGACUUUUAACGCCCAGAAUCAACAUAUUUCGCGGAGUUCGCCAUCGUUUUCGUUUGUCGUGCUCUCGAAUGAGUUAUCGCGUGUGAUUUCGUGUGGAAGAAUGCUGUAUUUCAUACCGAAAAUCGGUCCAACAUUAAAGCAUUCGACGCAGGGCUGACUCGAAUCGAAGCAGCCCGCCGCUAGAAGAGAAAACGCAGUGAAAAAGUUCGUUACCUGACGUGUGUGUUGUGUUGUGUUGGGCUGCUCGGUGUGCAUAUUCUUCGUUCGGAGUUUUUGCUGCCUGCGUCUAUCGAGAUUGUGUAUGCGCGCCGGGUCAAGCUGAGAGAAUAUUGCAAGAGGAAGAAGAUAAGUUCUGAAGUUUUGAUCUUUCGAGGCAGUCUUCCUUUUUCGGGUGUGUUUACCGGUCGAAUUGUUAGUGUGUUAGUGUGACACCGGUUUCGCCAGAAAUUCCUUCGUUCGGAGUGUGCACGCGAGGAGGAUAAGGAUGAUGUUUACUUAAAAUAUUUCAUCGAAAUAUCUCGGAUAAGGAAUAUAGUUGCUCAGGGGGAGUGAAUCUGUGAAAGUGAAGUAUUAUGAGUGAAAUAGUGCACGCAGAAGCCGAACCAGGAAGUGAAAAUUGCAGUGCACACAAACGGCUAGAACGGUUGCUGCGAAAUUCGCGGAAGUGACAAACCUGUUGAGGGAGCGUCAGUUCGCUGAGAGCAACAGGAGGAUAUAAAAAUAACCACUUUGACUGUAGGUCCAGCUCGAACCAAUUGGGAAUAAGAUUUGCAGGGCAAGGAUGGAUCAACCCGUCAGUGAAAAAAGCAAGCCUGAAGCAAUGUCGAUAUCGCCUCCGCCCGCGCCGGAACGUGUGCGGAUUUGUCUGGUGGGCGCGGUUGUCCAGGACAAAGCCACCCAAGCCGCCGCCCAGUCCUUCAAGGUGCCAAUCGUGACGUCGGAAACGGGUGCCGAGUACGUGUCGGACACUAGUUAUGUCACCUACUUCAUACUGAACGAUUUUGAAGGUCCAGUUUAUGAUACGAUCUAUCGCUCCAAACACAGAAUUCUUGGUCCACCAGCCCUACAGCAGGCCGUACGCAUUGGCAAUGGACUGCUGCAGAGUAAUCGUCCAAUCUACAAUUAUUGUAUGCGAGGUGUCAUUACAUGUUUCACCGGGAUUCGGAAGAAGAAUGAGCUGACACGCCUUGUGCACCUGAUCCACUCGAUGGGUGGCUCAAUUCGGAAAGACAUGAACACAAAGGUGACGCAUCUCAUCUGCAAUACCAGCGGUGGCGAAAAGUAUCAGUAUGCAAUGACCUUCCGUCUGGCGGUGGUUCGACCCAGCUGGGUUUUGAACGCCUGGCAGCACCGCAACGAGUCCCAGUUCGUCGCGAACGUGGAGGAGUUCACUAAAAGUCAUCGCCUCAAGGCCUUCGAAGGUCAGAAAAUCUGCUUCUUUGGCUUCCCGUCGGAGGAACACCAGCACAUGGUCGAUGUGCUCAAGAUGAACGGAGGCAUUCCGGCGGAUCUGGACGAUCCGGAGUGUUCGCAUGUGGUCAUGUCCAACACAGGGGAACAUUUCAGCGAUGCUUUAAUGCCAGGCGCGGGUUCACCAAAAGAUAAGAACAGAUUCUCCAUCUCAUCUUCGUCGUCAUCUUCGGGCUCAUCGGGCGGGGAAGAUAAUAAUGAAAACGACGAACCAAACAAUGGUUGCGCGGGAGUCAGUGGCAAAUCAGUGGAAACGGUCAAGUCCGAGAAACAAGAGGCUUUCCUGAGACGGCUCGACGAGUGCCAGGUAGACGAAAAAGGAGAAGUGAGCACCAUGCUGAAUCCGCUUCCUGCGCUAGCGGAGGAAAGUGAAUCGAAUGAAAGCAGCACUACUGGAGUGGUGGAUCAGCUGUGCGUCGCGCAGAAUGAACACAAUUUGAACAUUUCUCCGAUUUGCUACAUCGAUGAGAAUGUAGAAAACUCAACCCCUAAACAGUCCAGUUCAGUCGAGGUUGUGGACAGUGCAGAGGGAAAGGACGGUGUUGUAUUGCUAUCUGGAGAGGAAAAUGCGUUCCUUAACCCGAACAAUAUUUCUCCGAUCAUGAAGGUUAACAAAGCUUGUGAGGAAUCGCUGAGAAGCAUAAUUGAAGAGGACGAUGAUGAGGGUGAUGCCGAUGAUUACAUCAUCACCAACAAAGAGGCUCUGAAACGGAGGCGCCAGGAGGACAGCUUCGAUGAUAUCUCGAUUAUUUCCACCGAUUCGCUAGCAAGCAGUGUGGCUUACGGUUCUGCCAAGAAACCUAAAUUGAUCAGAACAGGGUCUAUUACCCGAGGUCUUCGCAGAAGUAUGAGUUUUGCCGCGAUAAAAACACCCAUCACUUCGAUGCUACGUUCGCGAAGGAACUCGGUGGAUCCGAAUGCAUCCAUCAGUUCCAUUGCAUCGAUUGAAUUGACCUUCAACGAGUCGAUCAAAAAACCAGUCAAGGAGAAACUUCGCAGUAUCCGUGACAAAAUAACCAAAAGCAACAAGAAAGAAGCACCCAAAUCGAUCAAGAACAAAGGUUUGUUAAAUUCUGCUAACCUGGACAGUCUGAAAAAGGUCUGCAAGUUCAAAACGGACAAAUCUGUUAGUACUCCUGAGCAUCAGCUUAGGAACGCGGACAAAAAUGAAGUGGACUUCAAAACCCCAAUAGCUCCGGCUCCCCACCCGAGCAGCUCCUCAUCCUCGAAGUCAAAGCGGUUGGCCAAUUUCCACCGACACUCGAUGAUUGCCACCAGUGGACCGAGUGGAACUUCCCUAUUGGACGUUGUUGCCCCUUCUCUGCCACCCUCCGGCGCUCUCUGGAGAAAUGAAGCGAACGAUAAUGAAUCCGCUAAAGCCUGUGAGCGAAGCAAUGCCACUAUUUGCGGGGAACCACCAGAAGUGGCCGAUGUCGCCGAUGAUUCCGGAAUUACAGCGCUAGCAAAUACGACAGCAACGGCAGCAAUGAUGGUAGUCGAUGAGCAUGUGGUGACCGCGAAACCCGAGCCCAAGAACACAAAAACUCACAUUGUGAAAGCGGACUGGUUCUGGUACACAAUACAAAACGGUUACGCUGACGAAGUGUAUUACCUCUUCGGAGAUUACCUUGACAGCAUAGCAAACACCCCGGGCGCAGAUCGGAGGGAUUCGCUUCCGAUUAGUUUCAACAAGCGGAAGCGGAAACGACUCUCGCAUCGGACGCCAGCAGGAGGGGAAGGAACUCCUCUGGGCGCGGGCAAGCGGAGAUCGUCCGUUUCGGACGCCGGUCUGCUGUCGGUGUCCGGUAGUUUCCUCGACUGUACCACUAGCCCCGACAAGCAUGAGGGUAGCAAGAAGACGAUCAUCACCACCGAAACGGCGGACGUUUCGAUUGGUCAACCGAUCAAGAGUCAAUCGAUGAGGCACAAUCACUUCAUGGACUUUUUCCACACCGAGUCCAACUACGUUGGCAUUCUGGAUACCAUCGUGAAUCUUUUUAAAGUGCCCCUGGAGGAGAUGAUUGACAAAGAUCCAGAGAACGCGUUACUCAACAAAUCAGAGCUGAGAUCAAUAUUCAACAAUUUCCUGCCCAUUCACGACGUUCACAAGCGAAUGCUGAAUCGGUUGAAGGAGAUCCACACCAGCUGGGCCGAAGAGCACCUAAUCGGGCAGAUAAUUCUGGACAACAGGGACGACCUGAUUAAGGCGUAUCCACCGUACGUGAACUUUUUCGAACAGAUGAAAGAAACACUGCUACAGUGCGACGCGGGUAAUCCACGGUUCCAUGCGUUCCUGAAGAUAAACCAAGCCAAACCCGAGUGCGGUCGCCAGACGCUGCAGGAUCUGAUGAUCAGACCUGUACAGAGGCUACCCAGUAUUAGUUUGUUGUUGAAUGACAUUCUCAAACAUACCGCUAAAAAUAAUCCGGACCACAAAAAGUUGGACGAGGCUCUGAAAGCCAUCAAAGAAGUGAUGACAUACAUCAAUGAGGACAAGCGUAAAAUGGAGGGCCAACUUGCAAUGUUUGACAUUUUUAACGAUAUCGAUAACUGUCCGCCCCAUCUCGUGUCAUCCCAUCGGCAUUUCGUAUCGCGCCGGGAAGUCACCGAGCUGACGGACAACCUGAGCGGCCGGGGAGACUCGUUGAUCCUGUUUCUGUUUAGCGACACGCUGGAAGUGUGCAAGAAACGAUCGCGAGCCUUCAAUAAUGCCAAGUCGCCCAGCACCAACGGACUCAACUCGACACGCUGCCAAACCAUAAAACCCUACAAACACGUCAAACUGAUGCCCCUGAGCUCGAUCCGGCUGGUGGUGAACAUUCAGGACAGUCCAAGAGCGUUCGCCCUAAAUUGCAGAGCAACGGCCGAUAACAAGGAGAGGCUGCAUUCAUUCAGUAUUUGUGAUGAGGACACAGAUAAAAUUAUCUAUUUGAAGAGCUUAUGUAAACAGCUGGCGGAGAAUGCGUGCAAAACCGACGCGGAGAAAUUCAUGGUAAACUGCGAAUCGGAGGAGCUCGGAAUCGAUGUAAGCGAUAUCAAUGUGGGAACAUUGUCGAAGGCGUUUAAGUUCGCAACGAGGACAAGAUUGAAGGUUGGCCGCGCCUUCUCCUUCAACAAAACCCCUUCGAAGUUGAAACGAGCCGUUUCCACUAUGAUGACAUCCCCCUUCGGGAGCACCCAAUCCCUAACUCCGGCCUCGCAGCUAGCGCAAAUGAAAUUGGCAAGCUGUACGAACCUAAACGAAGUCGGCGAAGAGUCGUCCGAGAGUGAAUCGAAAGUGUCCUCAUCACCGUCGUCGGCGUCGGAAAUCCUGGUCGCACCAAUGUCCGUCCAGCCGAUCCGCAAGAACAAGAAUCCGCCAAUGUCGAUAGCGACGUUACGGCGUCUAUAGAGAAAAGCGUUUUUUUUGUUGUUGUCCCCGUUCUGUUCUCCCGUUCAUCCUGUUCAUUAUCAUCGUAGCAUGUUUUCGUUCCGCUUCGCUUUUGUUUUUGGAUUUUUAUUGUGGCCAUCCCACGUUGAUUACCACAUCGAUGCAGCAGCAAGCGAGACACACUGUGGGGAGAGAAAAUAUUGUACCAACAUCACACAAUCACACCGGUAGUGUUCUCGUCUUCCCCCGUGUGUUAUCCUGGAGCGGCUUUCGCCUCUUUCCUAGAUGGGGUUUCGCUUGACUCAUGGAACUUUAUUUUCGCUCUUGCGAUACCGAGAGCGAGGCCGCGAGGAAAGCGUCGAGAUAUUAAGGUCAGCUCAGGAUGUUUUUGAAACAAUCAAAGAGUGAAUAGAGCAAAAUUUGUAAAUAUAUAAUAAUUCUAUAGUCGAUGUUCGGAGAUUGAGAGAGGCGAAAUAGGAAAUAAGCGGUAGUUAGUAAUAGAAGAAUACAGACAUUCUUCUUUAGUUUCAUAAGAUCGGUUAUGUUUUAUUUGUAUGUGUACAUUUCUUCAGUCCGAUGUCGUUUGGCCUCAGAAGGAAAACGGAAGCUAGAUUUAAACUGUACACUGAAGAGAAGAAGGAGAAGAAGGAACAUAAAAAAGACAAGAUAUUUCGUGAAAUCAGGAUCUUAAUUUCGCGAUCUGAGUUUUCAAUAAGACGAACGGAAGAGAAACAAUCUCAAAUAAUUGUAGAAUAAGCUGGCAUUCUGGAAUGUAAGCCAACGUGAGAUGGAGUGCGAUUUGUAUGAGAUUAAAUCGCUCGCCUUUGUUUUUGAUGCCUUUUUAGUAUUUCUAAGCUAUUUUUGGUGAGGAAGGAGAGGAAAGCGGAAAUAAAGGAUGGUGUUAUUCUUUAUUGGAAUAGUUAACUGAA